AUUCUCAAUAUUGACCUCUCCAUUCCAAUCCCUACAGGUAUAAGCAUAAGCACAUCAUUGCUACUUUUUGGUGGCUCCUGGCUAUAUUGGGGAUAUAGGCAAAGGAAUAUCAUCAAUCUCAGAGAGAAGUUCUUUCAGAAAAAUGGUGGGAUCAUGUUACAACAACAACUUUCCAUACGUGAAGGAUCAGUACAGUCCGCUAAAAUCUUUACUGCAGAGGACCUUAAGAAGGCAACAAACAACUACCAUGAAAGUAGAAUCCUGGGCCAAGGUGGCCAAGGAACAGUCUACAAGGGAGUAUUACCAGAUAACACCGUAGUUGCCAUUAAGAAGUCCAAAGUAGCAGAACAGAGCCAGUCCCAGAUUGAGCAAUUCAUUAACGAAGUCAUAAUUCUCUCCCAAGUCAACCAUAGGAAUGUUGUGAAACUCCUAGGGUGUUGUUUGGAGACGCAAGUUCCUUUACUAGUCUAUGAAUUUAUUACCAAUGGGACUCUCUAUGACCACAUACACACUGUAGGUGGCACAUCCUCAAUAACAUGGGAGAAUCGUUUAAGGAUAGCAACAGAAACUGCAGCGGCCCUUUCAUAUUUGCACUCUGCCGCUAGCACUCCUAUCAUUCAUAGAGAUGUUAAGUCCACUAACAUACUAUUAGACAACAAUUACAUUGCAAAAGUAUCCGAUUUUGGCUCUUCAAGGUUGAUCCCCGUAGACCAAACUCAAUUAACCACAUUGGUUCAAGGUACACUUGGUUACUUGGACCCAGAGUACUUCCAAACAAGCCAUUUGACUGAAAGGAGUGAUGUUUACAGCUUUGGGGUUGUCCUUGUGGAAUUGCUAACCGGCAAGAAAGCAAUUUCUUUUGACAGGCCUGAAGCAGAUAGAAAUUUAGCAAUGUAUUUUAUUUCAGCAAUGAAAGAAGAUCACUUGUUUGAAAUUGUUGAUGAACAGGUGAUAAAUGAUGCAAAGGCUGACCAACUAAAGGAAGUCGCUAUUUUAACAAAGAGAUGCUUAAGAGUGAAAGGUGACGAAAGGCCAACCAUGAAGGAAGUGGCAAUGGAGCUAGAGGGAUUGAGAAUGAUGGAGAAAAACUCAUGGUUAAAUGACAAGAAAAAUUUAGAAGAGACUCAGUAUUUGCUUGGAGAUCAACUUUCAGAUGCUUAUAGUGGUGGCACUAGUAUGAGCAAUUCAGCAGCUUGUGAUAGCAUAGCAAAACAUGUCAUGUCACCAUUUCAUAGUGGACGAUAAGGUGUUACUUAUGAUGGUCUAUGUUCCUUAGAUGUUUUGUAAUAUUUUUAUUUCAGCCAAUUUGUCAAAUAACCCUGUGAAUUGUUUGGAAUAUUUGGUUAUAUAUGUUGAGGUUGAAUUUGUUUGAUUUUAGACUUUGAGCAUCAAAUGUUUUUCUUGAAAGGUAGCUAUUGAUGCAAAUCCUUCUUUAUGUAUCAGAUGAAUAAUGAAUAAUAAAACUUUGCAGUUUGGAGCACAUCUACACACUCUAUAAAUGAAGCACCAUCAGUACCACUUUACCUUUUCAUUUCAUCGUCACAAACAAAUGAUUUUAUUGUCGUUUAAAAGUCCAGCUGAUGCAGUAUGGUUAGAUAACAAGUUGAUGGAUCAAUUUAACAGUUUGAAUCAAAUUUGAUAACUUAGGAGAAUUUCCAAAUGUUGGAUCAGCCCUGAAGGACCCAUAGUCGAUAUGAAACAACCUAAUUCCAAAACUUUUACAUCAUUUGCUUUUUUAUCAAUUUUAAAUUACUUCAAGAUCAUUAAGGGCUUAAUGAACUGGGAUAAGGUCAGAUGGGACAGAAUCCUAACACUUUAUUGGGAUGUUAAAACUCGAGUAUUGCCACAGACAACUACUUUUCAUGUUACAGCCAAUGUACCCACAAGAAAAAUUACUAAAGGGCUUUGUUGGUCAAGUGGUACCAAUUGGCCUUUCAAUUUGUCAGGCCCUCAAAUCCUCAUAUUAUCUUGAUGAUCCUAAAGUGGGCUCAUCAAAGCAAGAUAAACCCAAAUUUUUCUACUUUUCUGAUGCUUACUACAAUUAACUUUCAAGUCUAUAAUUGAUUAGAUGUUAUUGUUGGAAAAAUAAUGGUUUUUUGGUGACUUUAAUGCAAUAUUAAAGUGGGUGCCAAACCUCAAUGGAGGUGGAUUAAAGUGGAUUUAGAUUCUUUGUAAUGAAAUCUUUACACCACAAAAAGAAUGACCAAAAACCAUUGGGAUUUGAAUGAGAAAUUGACUCAUUAAGUUGUUCUCAUGAAAGAGGUGUUGGGAAAGGUGUAAAACCUUGUAUCCCACAUUGAUUGUAGAGGAGAACAUUGAUGGGUAUUUAAAUCCCAUUUUUUGCCUAAGGGUGUGAGUUCUUUGGGGCGUCCAAAUUUUCCGAAAGAAGGGAGUUAUGGAUGCUUCAAGGAUGGACUUCGGCCAAGACUAUGGUCCAAGUUGGUUAUGCAAAAAUUACCGCCCGCCCGGACCGCCGUGAGGCUUGGGGGUUGGGCUUGGCCUACCCAUCUUAAUCUUUUUGGGCCAAGCCAGAUCUGUGGACUGCAGAAAUAUAUACACAAAACCUAUGUGAUGGAUUUAAUCCAUCAGUUUUGCAAGCUAAUACAAAAUUGAAUCCUGCAUUUGUUGCAGGAGAGCCUCUUCCUCUCUCCCUCCAUGUGUAUAAAAGGAGGCCCUCUCCUUCAGCUUUCUACACUAGAAAUUGGUCUUCCUAUCUUCAAAAGUUUUAUAUUAUAUUCUUCCUGUGAGAGAGUGCUGCAAAGUUCUGUUUGCCGAAACUACUCAGUCAGUGCAUUGCUGUAGCUGGUCCAACCGUCGUAUCCCAGGAGACAGACGUCGAACAACCUCUAGCACCCAAUCGGUGAAGCGGUGAAUCUAUUUUAAGGAAACUGUCUAGUGCAGGCUUCGGUUUGCUUCCUUUUGCUAGUUUUAUUUUAUUAUGAAUUUCUGUAAAUUUCAAUAUGUUCUUGUUCUGAAAUUCAAAAUGGUUGUUCAAUAUAAAUCUAUUUGUUUUUAUUUAAUUACACAAUAUGUACAACAAACUUAAAACAGAGUAGUAUUUUUCAUGAAAUUAGAACAAAUAAAUUCAUAUGUAAUUGGACUAGUUAUUUUUCCUAGGAUUGUACACUAUUAUAAGAUUGCUUACUAUUUCAUUAAUAGGAAUUUUGUCUUAUGUAAUUGGACAAAUAUGUAGUUCAUUGUCCUUAUGUACA